AUGAAAAUCUAUUACGGGAGGUUCAGACAACAGCUUUGGACCCUUCUCCACUUUCCAUUCCAUCUAGCCAUCGUACUCUCUGUUGAGGGUCUACGACAGCUCGCCACUCUGAGAAAUUACGAGCUCAUGGCCGACGAUAUGAUGGGGAAGUUUACUGGACCUACGAGGCCAAAUAAUCGAUCCCACAUGAUAGACCAGUUCAACGAUGCGUUUGCCCUUUUCUACAACGAUGAUUACGCCAAGACGGUUCUCAAGGAGUGGCCAAUUGUUACGAAUUGGACGAAUGAGCUGGAAACCUUUAUGUACAAUUCCGUUCUACAAGAUGGGGAUCGUGAGUUCAUGGAAGCAUACAACGACCUGUAUAAUGCACUAGUUGCAAAGCUCGCUUACUAUCUCAGUGAGUUUUACGGAUUCAAGUUCCCGUAUCGGAAGCCCGAGGACUCUGGCGACAGGUUCAGCGGAUUCAGGCAGCUUUUCGACCUGGUCUUUAAAUACUUCUUCCUUUCCCUAGGAGUUGUCUUUAUCAUGUACGGCGUAUUUGCAAUUCUUGUGCGACGUCGUUUGGAUGUCUACGACUGGAUAUGCGUGGGUCUUCGAUUUACCCCGGCGGUAGUCUUCUUCGCCAUGUCCGAGGUAUCUUCAACAAGCGCCCUCUACUCCUCAGGAGGCGGAUCAUGGCCUAUUCCACAAUCCUCCUUUCAGACAAAGCGACUCAAUGGUUUGGCGCCUGGCGCUCAGGAAGAUGAAAAAUGA